UCAGCAAACAUUGCUACAAUUUAAGAAGUUAGGAUUGUCUAUUUUCAGGGUCGGAGAAAAGAUGUCAAGCCUAAAGGAAGAAGACAAGGUUGACCCACUCGAAGCACAGCUGGAAGCGCAAAUGGAGUUGUCCAAUCUGCAACGACAGUAUCGUUGUCUGCGCAACGAUAGAAGAACGUACACCGAUGAGACUGAAAAUACCGUGCGCAAGCAGAAGAUGGCUAUCGAAGCACUAGUCAAAGACAACAAAGAAUUAGAAACAAUGAGUCACAUUGCGAGAAGUAGACAAAUUGAGAGAUUUGAUCAAGAAAAUAUCAAAAAGCUUGCGGAGCUCUUAGAACGAGAAGCGCAAGUUCAGGAGGAACUCAAGAAGGAGAAAGAGGCAAUUGUGGGUGUGGAUGAAAAAGUAGCUGCCAUGAGAGAAAAGAUCAACCAACAAUGCAAGAAGAUGGGAGGAAGUAAAGAUAUGAACCAGACGAAACACGUUGCCAAUAUGAAGCUGACCCGAAUACUAGAGAACAGGCUGGAUGAGAUGACCAAGAAAUUUAGCAUUGCUUUGACGGGCAAUUUGAACCUCAGGGAACACAUCAACGACAUCGAAGGACAGAAAGCAAAGUUUCUUGAUCUUCACAAACGUCUCCAGGUUGAACUGGAUGAAGGAAAUAGGGAAGUAGAUCGUAUCUCCGAAGUGGCAACGACUCAUUUCACCGCAAGAGACGAAGCACAACACAGGAUGGCGUCGCUUCGCGAGCGCGCUGACCGGGAAAUGGCGGUUCACAAUGCAGAAUUCAAAGACGUCAUGCGCAUUCUUGAGCACGAUCGGAAACUUCGGAAUUUCAUGACCACUAAAGCCAGAGAUCGUGCGUCCAUUCUAGAGAAAGAGCUGAUGUCUCGUGCAGUAAAGAAAUUUGAAGCUCAGCAAAAGGGAUUGCAACAAGAAACCAGAAAGUUUGAGGAGAUUUUCGAUAAGAUCAAGGAAGCUACUGGUAUAGAAGAUACAGACACUCUAGUGGAGUCUUUUAUUGAGAACGAAGAUCGAAACUUCGCACUGUUUAAUUACGUCAACAACAUGAACACUGAAAUCGAGAACCUGAAAAAUGAUGUAAAAUGCUUGAAGGAUGAGAUCGAACUCAUCAAGAAAGGAGGUGUCGCGAGUGAUAUGCGUAGGAAGGAAAUUUUGAACGAGCUUGAGAAGAAAAUGGCCGAAGUCACUGAUGAGUUGACACUGGUGAAAAAGGAGUAUAAAACAAGCAGAAGACAGCUCAAUCUCUUAAAGCCAAAGGUCGAAAGCGUUUUUAACUCAAUCAAGUGCGAUCGCUCCUCAAUCACGGAAUUGCUCGGAGUAGGCGCGUCUGUAGAUGACAACAACAUCAUGCAAUACCUUGGAAUUAUCGAGCAGAAAUGCAACGAACUAUUGCAAAACAAAGCUCUGGAUAAUAUCAAGAGGGCACUGGACGAGUCGGCCGGAGACAUAUCCAUUGAUGGGUUACAAGGAGCGGGUCCUCAGCCUACACAUGGCAACAUUUCAAUUGUACCUCCCCCGAUUGAAGAUGACAGUGAUCAGACAUGGCAUGGUAACGAGGCAAAACCGUUGACAGUAGAAGAAUUGCAAAGUCUGAUACAGCAAGGAAAUGUGCGGGGUGUCCUCCCAAAGGUCACAGGGUCAACAAAGCAUCCUGCAAAAAGGAAGCGUGCUUAGAAGACA